GGAACUUCUUUUGCCCGAAGUCAAGCCGUUGACAACUCAAUUGAAGACCUUCUACGAGUGGAACGGACUGCAACCAGCCGAUGAACAUGUCUACCGGGAAUGUUGGGGUAUCAAAGCUGCCUGUGGCUUCGUGAAACGAAAGGGUCGCAGAGGUGAGGACCAACGAUUUCACGCGCUCCUCUUGGCAUACUUCCCGGAGUUGCAGGAGCGCAUCGAUGAAGUACUGCGAGAAAUGUCAGCCGGCAAUGAAGAGAAUGAAGAGGAUGAAGAGGAUGCUGACUUCGCUGGAGAACCUGGAGAACUUGAUGCCCGCGAAGAUCCUGCAUUGGACAAUGGGGACGAUGAUGACCAGGAGGAUGGGGAGGAAGAGUGUGAUGGUGAAAAUGAUGAUGAAAUCGAACCAAUUGAGAAUGGACCAGAGUCUUUCCCUGACACUGAGAUUGAUGGUGAAGCUUCGGAGGUGGAUGGCGAUGAUGAGGUUGAGAUGUCUGAUCUUGACCCCUACCGAAACCAGCCGGACAACCAAUUGGGCUUAGAUGAUUACCAGUCCCCCCGAUCAGUGAGUGAAGAACAUGCUCCUACACCUGCUCAUGAUGAGAGGGAGGUCGCAGAGGCUACCCCAGCUUUGCGGAAAGCUGUGCAUCUCAAACCGGAAGACUUGCCAUCAUCAUCUUCAACAAAGUCAUCCCCAGGUGCAGAUGACUCUGUCGCGCGCGUCAAUGCAGAGAUGGACGCCAUCAUUGCUGAAAUCAAGCGGGAGGAAAGCCGCCGACACCACAAAGCUGUAGCAGACGAAGGAGUGAUGGUGGUUGACGAUUCCCAGCCUGUGAGUGGUGACAUUGAUGUCUGCGAUACCCUGCCCUUGUUUCUGGAAGAUUGGGGUAUCCAUGAAGAAUGCCUACCUGCAGAACCGAAGCCUGAUGCUGCACCUUUGGUCUUCACAUCCGGGCCAGUUGAUGUCCCAGAUACCCCAAGCAUUGCCAAUUCUCCUGCACAUGGCAGUGUGCUGACUCGCCGUGACCAGCUCAAGGUUCGAAAGCCCAAGGGCAAGAAAGGCGACAAGGGUGACGGGGAGAAUGAGUGUGAGGAUGGAGAAGAUGAGGGUGAUGUAGAGGGUGAAGAUGAGGCAUCAAAACAGGGUCCUGCUGCACGUGAGGAGCUUGAUCAAUCUCGCGCUGAUGCACCUGAGAGUGCGGAGCCGGUGAAAAAGCCCCAGAAACGUGGGCCACGAAGGGUGGCAACUCCCCAGUCCCGUGCUCCUGAUGCCCCCACGACUGAUGAGUCCAUGGUUGAGUUGAAAAAAUCCUUCAAGGGUGAGAUCAUUCAUCAGUGGAAGUCCGGGAAAACACGUUUGACCGGUGGUGAUUUCCCAGUCCGCAGUUUCGAGCACACCACGCUCUCAUGCUACUUUACCAGGUCCAGACCAUCCAUUGGUUUGAGGGCCAAAAAGAAGCAGUACCCAAUGCGUACCAACCUUGAAUACUUCAAUUUUUCCUUCAACAUCAAGGAUGUUUGCAAUGUUGGCUUGGCCAUGAAGUGUGCAGUCGCUGAGUGGAUUGAUGAUCAAGCGUCACAGGAUGAGAACUUUGAUGCCUUUGCUCAGUCUACGUUUGAUGGCCUGGAUCUGUUUCGCCAAACGGCCAUGGCAGCAAUUGCCGAGUACAAAGCUGAGACCGGCGACUUCAUCUUGGCUGUUCUCCUGACGGCGUAUAUCUCGCAUUCCCAUAUUCAAGAGGAUAGGAGUUUGGCACCUUUCUCCGCCUGGUCGGAUGUUGGGGAUGAUUUCCCGCAUUAUCCAAUGCGAUUUGGGCUGAAGCUUGUUCAAUUACGUGAGAGCAUGCUGAAGGAGCACGCUCAGCCACCAACAAAACGUUGGGACUUUGACUGGUACAACAUGCUCAAUGCUUUGGAGCGUAUUGACUGGACUGACGUCUGGGAGGAUGCUGAACUCCAGUCCGUUUGUCAUUACUUACGUGGCUCUGUGGGUCUGGAGCUGCCACAAGAAGAAAGCCGUGUGCCUCCAACAUCUGCCACCAUGUCAGUCGAAGGGCCCAACAAGCCGCCAAUGAGGAUGGCCUCACGUCAGUGGAGUGCCAAUACUCUGGCUGAUGGUCUUACUGCAGUCAUGUCUGAUGUGAAAGCAGAGCCAUGGCAUGAUGCUACUGAUGACGAGUUGAAAAACCGUUUGAAGGCUAGGACCUUCGAGAACAAGCUGGUCUACUUAAAUUUUUGGAGACGGGUGCAGCUCCUGAGGCUACUCUUGAUCGUGCACUACAGGAAGAACGUGCUGUUUCUGCAGAACGCGGAGUUGCAGAAGGCGCUGGACAUGGCCCAUGCUGAGAUUCGAAAAAUGAAAUCCCCAGAUUUUAGAAAAGAAUCAUCAACUCGUAAGGAUCCUCCAGGGGUUACUGCUGAAGUGCCACCAGCAAAGAGGGCUAAGGGUGAAUCCGCUCCGGCUGGCCCUACUGAUGCCAAUACUCCUGCUACUCCCUCUGGCUCCCGACCGCCUCGUGGAGGUGUGGAGCCUCAGGAUUCCUUCAUCAGGGAGUUGACCGUGCAGCAUGAACGCAGCAACCAGAAAAAGCUUGAGACUACGAAGGGGUGGUACAGUGAGCCGGAUCUGAAAGAUGAGCUGGGAUGGCACAACCCUUAUGACAACUCUGAAGAGUUUUGGGUGGAAGUCCGCACUACUGGAUUGGUGGGGUACCAGGAGACCCAGUCUGAGAAAGAGACCAAUCGUCAAGCUUCUCUGUCAGCUGAAGCUUCUUCUGCACGUUGGUUUGUCCUGGCAAUUGCACUCGUGCGUGGCUUUGCUUUGCAGUUCACAUUCAAAACCAUUGUAGCUCAGGAUGGUGAAACCAUGAUGGCUGGCCCUGAAGUUCCAGGGGAUUUCCCAAACAUGGAGCACCCUGGACAAGGUGAUACUGCUGGAUCUGACAAGGAGAAGGAGAUGAGCCAGUUCAUUGCAUCAGUGCUCGGCAAAACCAGCAAGCUGCACCAGCUGAUUGGCGAGUUGCAGAGCAAAUUCGAUGAUGCUCGAGCUCUGAAGGCAAAAGAACUGCUUGAACAGAACUGUGCACACAUGGAGCUUGAGUACGACAAGUUGGUGCAGCUCAAGACCAAAGGUGAACUACAAGGAUUCGGGGGGCUGAAGGAGGAGAUUGAGAAGCAGAUCUCUGCAUCGACCUAUGUGAAUGCAAAGGUUGCGUGGAAGAAAGCCAGCACCACGACCCCAGUUCCAAAGAGAUCAGCUGCUCCACGCUCUGAUAAAGAGUCAGAGCCAGGUCAACCAAAGAAAGCUGCAGCUUCGAAAGCAAAGGAUCCCGCCAGAGCGACCCUGCCACCAGCAGCUACUGCAGCCAGAAGGCGUGUGCUGGAUCUCUCUGAAGUUCGGGCCAUGACAGCCAGAGAGCUUCAAGACAAAGGUUGGCCUAUUCCAGCUGCUUCUGAUGAUCAAGACCCUGUGACCGGAGAACCGAUCUACUGGGUAGAGCUUGAGCGUGAUGACAAUGGUGAGUUGAAUGCUGCUGAGAGGUUUGAAGCCCCAAGGUGGAGAAUUCGGGGUCGUGAAGGUAGCUUGGCUUCAUGUGCUGCAUCGGUGAGAACUGCAAAGGCAGUGGUCCAGGAAGCUGGCCAUUCAGUUUCACCAGCUCUGCGAAAUCUAGCAAACAAAUCAGAAGGUCAUGCUGAGACAGCGUUUCACGCAACAGUUGCUGACCAGGGAUUAGCCUUGGAGGUUCCAUUGACUGAACUUCGUGUUGGUGGCACUGGACAGUCAUUCCCUGUUCUCUUGUUGAGUGAUUGGAUCAAGCUCAUAUUGUACCUUGGAAUCAAGAGUUUCAAGACCUUUAAAGCUUUCAAUUUUGACCACAAGUCGGCACCUGCUCAGCUUCAGCUGUUUUGGGACAGGUUCAGACUCCUGAGGCCCAACCAUGAAAUAUUUGAGCUUGAGAAGACUGGCGGGGUUGUCCUCGAGAGGACACUUCCUAUGAUGCUACAUGGGGACGAGGGCAGAUCCAAAAAAAGACAAGGUGUGCUGUGCAUAAGUUGUCACAGCGUCUUAGGACGUGGAGUUCAAACGAGAAAAAAAAGGAAUCUUGCAGCAAUGCAGGAAACGCAGCAAAUGAAUUACACUGGGGCAACCCAUUGUACAAGAUUCCUGUUGUCCGUACUCCCGAAGUUCUACUACGACCAGACUGAUAAAGCUUUCCACUCAAUGGUUGACUUCAUUACAAGGGACAUCGGUAAUCUGACAAAGAAGGGUGUUGCAGGACCAGAUGGCCUGUCUUACUAUGUGGCCAUCAUCUCAAUCAAAGGCGAUUGGCCUUUCCUUCACAAGGUUGGUGGUCUUCGCAGAAGCUUUUAUAACCAGCCAAAGAGAUCUGAGGCAAAGAAAGCAUGUGUAGGGAUUUGCCACUGGUGUCAGGCAGGACAGCCAGGAAUUCCGUUUGAAGACUUGUCACCAAACUGCGAAUGGCAGUUCACCCUUGGAGUUGAAACUCCUUGGGUGGAACAGCCCAUCGUCCUCAAGAAUCUAUGUCAUGACCGCUCUUUUCCUGAAUCGUUCCUGCACCCAGACCCCUGGCAUGGACAUCACCUGGGUGAAGGGCGCAACUUUGUCUGUAACAUCAUGAGGUUACUUUUGGACAUUACACCAGGACGAAACGUGGACAUCAGACUUGACACCCUGUUCAACGAAUACAGAAGUUUCUGUCAACGUGCUCACACCCAAUGUUAUUGCACCAAGUUUACGGAGAAUCUGUUUGGAGUGAAGUCUCCCAAUGACUUUCCCAAUGGGUCGUGGACAAAAGGAAACUUUACAACUUCCCUGGUGAAAUGGGCACAAGCUGCUAUGGAAAUUGACUUGUGCUAUCGAAAAAUGUAUCUUGCACCGCUUUGGAUUGAUGCUGCUGAAGCUAAAGUGAUAGCAGGGCAUGGCCUGCAGUUUCUGGAAAUUUACCAAGCACUGGCCACACAAGCUUCAAGAGAAGGACGUGCCCUAUUUCUUUACAACAGCAAAAUUCACAUGAAUGACCACAUAUUCAGAAACCUGGCAUGGGAAGCUGAGAUGGCCCCACUUGGUCUAAAGCUGGAAUGUUGGAGAGAAUCUGAAGCUCGAGAAAAGAUUGUGUUGAGAUUGGAG